CCAUUUUACCCGUUAUUCUGCGGUUUAUCAGUAGACCGGAACGACUUAUCCCAUUCUUUCCCUCCAAAUUGUGGGAGGCCAUGGCUCACUCUAACGUCUCCAACCAUUUCCUCUCUUCUCCUUUCCUUCUUCAACCUCUCAAACCCCGCAAUCCCACUUUCGCUAACUUCUCUUUCGUUCCCCGUUUCUCCAACCCUAGUUCUCCAUUUCGGAGCUGCUCCAUCUCCGCCUCCGACAACAACGCGCCGACUUCCGGCGGAAGACAGCCAAUGAGCGACCCGCCCCGGAUCCCAAGGAAACCGAAACGCUCGUCCUCUUACGGAGCUUCCCGGAGGUCAGCGAUCAAAAAGAGCUUCACGCAGGAGCAGGUGAGCUUCGCGAACCCGAUUCCUGAUGACCCGGUGGUCGGGAUUAUAGGAGGUGGGAUGUCUGGCUUGGCUUGCGCGCUUUACUUGGAUAAGAGAGGCAUCCGUUCCACCGUUUUUGAUACGGGAAUUCAUGGAUUAGGGGGAAGAAUGGGUACAAGAAUAAUUGAUCCUCAACCGCUGAUAUUUGACCACGCAGCUCAGUUCUUCACUGUGACUGACCCUAGGUUCUCUGAGCUGGUUAAUGAUUGGUCCAACAGGGGUCUGGUUCAACAGUGGAUGGGUACUAUUGGGGAGCUUGAACUAGGAGGAAAGUUCUCUCCUUUUCCACCUUCACCUCCAAGAUAUAUUGGUGUCAAUGGAAUGCGCCCACUUGCAGAUUCGAUAUUGUCCCAGACUCGUUUAGUCAAUGUGGUGCGGCCUUGUUGGGUCAGUGAACUUGAGCCAUUUAAUGGGACAUGGCACCUGAGUGAGAAGGGGAAACCUUGUGGCCACUUUGACGCAAUUGUCAUUGCACAUAAUGGGAAAUGUGCAAAUCGAUUGCUUGCGACAUCAGGGCUUCCUCUAAUAGCAAGACAAAUGAAGCGACUUGAGUUGAGUUCUAUAUGGGCUCUCCUUGCAGCAUUUGAGGAUCCUCUUCCUUCAACUGCCAAUGCAGAUUUUGAGGGAGCCUUUGUUAAAGGGGUUGAAUCUGUCUCAUGGAUGGCAAACAACACCAAGAAACUGUUAGGUUCCAAAAGCGAUGGCCCUCACUGUUGGACAUUUUUCAGCACAGCGAGCUUUGGAAAGAAAAACAAAGUUCCACAGGAAAGCAUUCCAAAUGCGACAGCUGAGAAAGUGAAGGAAGCCAUGCUUGAGGGUGUUGAAAAAGCACUUGGACUAUCACAUGGAUCACUUAAAAGGCCAUUGUAUACUCGGUUGCAAUUAUGGGGUGCCGCACUUCCCACCAACACACCGAACAUUCCUUGCAUCUUUGAUCCUAGUGGAAGAGCAGGAAUAUGUGGUGACUGGUUACACGGUUCAAGUUUGGAAGCAGCAGCUUUAAGCGGGAUGGCUCUUGCUAAUCAUAUUGCAGAUUACUUGCAAAGUGGUGGAGCUUGUCCAGAAGAGUAUGCUGUUGGUUUGCAUAAUGAAUUCCAACCACUGAGUGGACAUGAUAUUGGGCAGUUUCCCGGUCUGGAGUCCAAUGGCCAAAUUGAGAAUUCCCCAGUUCUUCAAUUUACGACAUGACUCGUUUUCUGCAAACCAUUAUCUGGUCCUUUAAUUCCCAGGUCAGAGGAAAUAUAUAGAUUAUCUAUAUAUUACUUACCAGAAACCGAGAGAUUGGUAGCCCAAGAAUAUUGUCACAGAAACUGCAAUAUAUGUACUGCAUUCUCUAUGCAAUAGAAGCCGGAGAAGAGGUAAGAUUCUGUUGCACAAUGAGUGUUAGUCACCAUUCUGAAUAGAUUUUGAAGAACUUAUCGAUUCUGGCUUGCCAUGAUCACAACAAAUAUGUUUCUCCUUAAUCUAGUCAAAACAAACAUGCAAUCAGAUCCUAGGAAAACCUUUUCAGACUUGUUGGGUACACUGAAAAUUUGUUUAGCUAACCUGGAAAUCCCAAUUUCAUUGCUUGUACACGUCCAAUCUUUGUUUUGAUUACUCUUUUGUGUACAGAUUUUCUCCGUGACAGUUGUAAACUUUUAGUUAGUGAAUGAGCGGUCUUGAGUACAGUUGGUAUGGGGUUUGUUUUUGAAA